GGCUCAGUUGCAGUUUGAAGUUGAACUCUAGAAGAUCGACGGAAGGGCACAGCAGCGCCGGAUUUGUGUGUGUAUUUUUUAUGUUCGCUACAGUGACUCGUGGUGUAACUAUUAGUGGUUUUCUUCGUCACACUUCAACGGCAAGAAAGUGUGUGAAAACGAGAGAGAGGAGAGGUGAAUCAAAAGCUAAAGAAACAGUAUACUUUAAGGGAGCAAACGACUCCACAGACCGCAGUGAUCACAAUUGAACAAGGUGGUAGCAGAAAAAAUAAUAAUAAAAAAACACACACACACACUGCCCAACGGCAGCCGAACGAAAAUCAGGGGAGAGGGUGGCCAACCCCACAGCGUAAGGCCAACAAUUUUUUUUUUUGUUGGUUUCGGCUCGUCUCAACUGGCCACCGCUGCUACCUGGUGGUGUGGUUUGUGUAGUGGGUGAAAGAUGCCUUUACACCGUGCGGUGGUGUUCUUGGGCCGCAACGAACCUUCCGGUUGGCGUAGUCCGUGCGUACAGUUUCAGCCCCUGACGAUCGUGUUUUGACGCCACCUUUUCACGGGCUGUUGGUUGAGGAAAAUAGCGCAGAGCAGGGAACGCAUCAGCGUUUGGUAGUGGUUAACGUAUUUGAGUGUUUGAAAUUGUACGGCGGAGAGCAAAGUGUCGUUUUUGGUGUACGAAAAAAAAAAACGGUGAAAAUAGUGCAUUCGCGUUAGUGAAAGAUCUUUGGGUUUGAAUGUGUUUUUUUGAAGUGAAUUUUUCCCCAAAGAUUGUAUUCGAAUCUUGGUGAACGUGGAAUGCGAUGUUGCGUACUGUUGCGCGCGUGUGAACAAGUGUUUUUUGUUGUGCUGCAGUGCUGUGAGGAAGAAUAGCAAGUGAAGUGUGUUCGUGUGAUUAUUUUUUUGUUGCGACUACAAAGCCAAAAUCAUCUUUCAAGUUGGUCGAAAAACUUAGCUUUCUGAUUCGAUUCAGUUCGAAGCACGAAUAGGAAGCAGUUUCUGCUUGUAAUGAGUGAGUUUUGAAGGGAAACAAAUCAGUUUAAAAAUAAAAGCAUUUAAGUCUAAUAAAAGGCUAUAAAACACAGCUUCAAUGGUGAAUGUAAUGCACUUUGUGAAGUGUCUCUGUGCGAGAAGAAAAACAAUUCAUCGAAGCCGGAAUUAAAACAUCGACCAUCUUUCCCAAAACCGUUCAACUGACACUUGUUGCUGCAAAGCAGUUUGGAUUUUGGCGCCCAUCGAACGCGAUUCAGUUUCGAACGCCAAUCCGAGAACGACCAACCGGUGUGCUAUGGAACGGGGCAACCCACAGUACUGCCAGAUGAGACUAGUGUCACAAGAAGCCGUGAAACAAGUGGCCACCGAGUGAGUUUGUGCGACAGGUCGAACGACGAGCAGGGUAGAAUAUUCGGUAUAAGGGAAGCAAGAAAAAACCCACCAAACAGCAGCAGCAGCAGCAACCUGUUGCACCCAAGUGCGCUCGUGUGAGUGAAAGGGCAAGGGAAAGGAAGAGAAAGAAGAAGAAGAAGAAGAAACGGGGGUACAAGUGAGGUAUACACAAGUGAUAAAACGCAGUGAAGAUGGGUGCGUACGGGGUGAGGCUGGUGACGGCGGCCCUACUGCUGAGCGUGCUGUUUGCGACGGGCAGCUGCUACAUGCGAGACUUUGCACACAAAAACGAGAUCAACGAAAUGAGAGUAUGCAUCGGUACGAAUGGGCGGAUGUCGGUGCCGGCGAACCGCGAGUAUCAUUACAAAAAUUUGCGCGACCGCUACACCAACUGCACGUACGUGGACGGCAAUCUGGAGAUCACCUGGAUCCAGAACAUCACCGAUCUGAACUUUCUCCAGCACAUCCGCGAGGUGACCGGGUACGUGCUGAUCAGCCAUAUCGAUCUGCCGCAGGUGAUACUGCCCCGGCUGCAGAUCAUCCGCGGCCGGACCACCUUCAAGCUGAACAAGUGGGAGGAAGCGUACGGGCUGUUUGUGUCGUUCUCGCACAUGAACACGCUGGAGCUGCCGGCACUGCGCGACAUUCUCGGCGGGUCGGUCGGAUUCUUCAACAACUACAAUCUGUGCCACAUGAAGUCGAUCAACUGGGAGGAGAUACUGUCGGCACCGCAGACGAGCAUGCAGUAUACGUUUAACUUUUCGUCGCCCGAACGGGUGUGCCCUCCGUGUCAUCCGUCGUGUGAGGUGGGAUGCUGGGGAGAGGGCGCCCACAACUGUCAGCGGUUUAGCAAGCUGAACUGUUCGCCGCAGUGCUCGCAGGGACGCUGUUUUGGGCCGAAGCCUAGGGAAUGUUGCCAUCUGUUCUGUGCCGGCGGUUGUACCGGUCCGACCCAGUCCGACUGUUUGGCGUGCAAGAACUUCUACGACGAUGGCGUCUGCAAGCAGGAGUGUCCACCGAUGCAGAUAUACAAUCCAACGAACUACUUCUGGGAACCGAACCCAGAUGGGAAGUAUGCAUACGGUGCAACCUGCGUACGGAAAUGUCCCGAGCAUCUACUCAAAGACAACGGUGCGUGUGUGAGAAAGUGUCCAAAAGGGAAGAUGCCACAAAACAGUGAGUGUGUGCCGUGUAAGGGCGUCUGUCCAAAGACUUGCCCCGGCGAAGGCAUCGUGCACUCGGACAACAUUGGCAACUACAAAGACUGUACGAUCAUUGAGGGAUCGCUCGAGAUUCUCGACCAAUCGUUCGAUGGGUUCCAGCAGGUGUACACGAACUUCUCGUUCGGCCCGCGGUACAUCAAGAUCGAUCCGGAUCGGCUGGAGGUGUUUUCCACGGUGAAGGAGAUUACGGGUUUCAUCAACAUUCAGGCACACCAUCCGAACUUUACCACGCUCAACUACUUCCGCAAUCUGGAGGUGGUCGGUGGCCGUCAGCUCAAGGAGAAUCUGUUUGCCUCGGUGUACAUUGUGAAGACAUCACUGAAAUCGCUAGAACUGAAGUCACUCAAGCGCGUCAACUCGGGCUCGAUCGUGAUACUGGAGAAUAGCGAUCUAUGUUUCGUGGAGGACAUUGACUGGAGCGAAAUCAAGAAGAGCUCGGAUCACGAGGUGAUGGUGCAGAAGAAUCGUAACGCUACCGAAUGUCAUGAAGAAGGAAUGGAAUGUUCGGAGCAAUGUUCCAAGGCUGGUUGCUGGGGUAAAGGACCAGAACAGUGCUUGGAGUGUAAGAACGUUAAGUACAAAGGAAAGUGUUUGGAUAGUUGCAAGAGCUUACCAAGACUGUACUCAGUGGACUCAAAGACUUGCGGUGACUGUCACCAGGAAUGUAAAGACUUCUGCUACGGCCCGAACGAGGACAACUGUGGCUCGUGUAUGAAUGUGAAGGAUGGUCGAUUCUGUGUGGCAGAGUGUCCCACCACGAAGCAUGCGAUGAACGGAACCUGCAUCAACUGUCACAAGACGUGCGUUGGAUGUCGUGGUCCGCGGGAUACGAUCGCACCGGACGGUUGCAUUUCGUGCGAUAAGGCAAUCAUUGGUAGUGAUGCGAAGAUUGAGCGCUGCCUGAUGAAGGAUGAAUCUUGUCCAGAUGGCUACUACAGUGACUACGUACUCCAAGAGGAAGGCCCACUGAAGCAACUGUCCGGCAAAGCGGUCUGCCGCAAGUGUCAUCCGCGCUGCAAAAAGUGCACCGGCUACGGGUUCCACGAACAGUUCUGCCAGGAGUGUACCGGCUACAAGAAGGGCGAACAGUGCGAGGACGAAUGUCCGCAAGACUUCUACGCGAACGAAGAGACACGCAUCUGUCUGCCCUGCCAUCAGGAGUGUCGCGGUUGUCACGGACUCGGGGACGAUCACUGCGACGAGUGUCGCAAUCUGAAACUAUUCGAGGGCGAUCCGUACGAUAACGCAACCACGUUUACGUGCGUUUCCAACUGUCCGGCGUCGCACCCGUACAAACGGUUCCCUCAGGAGGCGGGCAAGAUUGGACCGUACUGCUCAGCUGACUCCAUGCAGAGUGGGCUACGCAUUGAGCCGCAAACGCAGGUCAAGAUUGUGAUGGGCAGUGUAAUGGCGCUGAUACUGCUGUGCGUAGUAUUCGGGAUUGCGUUUGUACUGUUCAGCCGACACAAGAACAAGAAGGAUGCGGUCAAGAUGACGAUGGCACUGGCGGGCUGUGAAGACUCGGAACCAUUGCGACCAUCGAACGUUGGGCCUAACCUAACGAAGCUGCGCAUUAUUAAGGAGGCGGAGAUACGGCGUGGUGGUGUGCUCGGGAUGGGAGCUUUUGGACGCGUGUUUAAGGGCGUUUGGAUGCCGGAGGGUGAGAGUGUAAAGAUUCCGGUCGCGAUCAAGGUGCUGAUGGAGAUGUCGGGCUCGGAGUCGAGCAAAGAGUUCCUGGAGGAAGCGUACAUUAUGGCGUCGGUGGAGCAUCCUAAUCUACUGAAGCUAUUGGCUGUUUGUAUGACCUCGCAGAUGAUGUUGAUCACGCAGCUGAUGCCGCUAGGCUGUCUGUUGGAUUAUGUGCGCAACAAUAAGGACAAGAUUGGUUCGAAGGCACUACUCAACUGGUCGACACAGAUCGCUCGCGGUAUGGCGUAUCUGGAGGAGCGACGACUUGUACAUCGUGAUCUUGCCGCGCGUAAUGUGCUCGUGCAGACACCUUCCUGUGUUAAAAUCACCGACUUUGGUUUGGCGAAGUUGCUUGACUUCGAUUCGGACGAGUAUCGGGCGGCCGGUGGCAAGAUGCCGAUCAAGUGGCUGGCCCUAGAAUGUAUCCGUCAUCGCGUCUUCACCAGCAAGAGUGACGUAUGGGCGUUCGGUAUAACGAUCUGGGAGCUGCUAACGUACGGCGCUCGUCCCUACGAGAACGUGCCCGCGAAAGACGUCCCCGAGCUGAUUGAAAUCGGCCACAAGCUACCACAACCGGACAUCUGCUCACUGGACGUGUACUGCAUACUACUCUCCUGCUGGGUGCUGGAUGCUGACGCUCGGCCCACCUUCAAGCAGCUGGCCGAAACGUUCGCCGAGAAGGCGCGCGACCCGGGCCGGUACCUGAUGAUCCCGGGCGAUAAGUUUAUGCGCCUUCCGUCCUACACCAACCAGGACGAGAAGGAUCUGAUACGCACGCUCGCGCCGGUCGCGAUGGCUGCGGCGGCAGCGGCUGCGGCCGCCGGUGCCUCCAACGUGGACGUGCCGAGCACGAUCGCCGAAACGGACGAGUACUUGCAGCCAAAGACGAGACCGUCGAUCAUGUUACCGGGACCGUCGGCGGUCGAACCGUCGGACGAGAUGCCCAAGUCACUGCGCUACUGCAAGGAUCCGCUCAAGCCGGACGACGAGACGGACGGGCACGGUAAGGAGGUCGGUGUCGGUGGUAUCCGGCUCAAUCUGCCGCUCGACGAGGACGACUACCUGAUGCCAACCUGCCAAAGCCAAAACCAGUCCACGCCGGGCUACAUGGAUCUGAUCGGUGUGCCGGCGAGCGUCGACAAUCCCGAGUACCUGAUGGGCUCGACGCAAGCGAUCGCCGGGCUGGCGCAAGGGUCGAUGGGCCCGCAUACACCACCGCCACCGAACACGCCGAACGGUAUGCCCACGCACCAGCACUCUCAGAUUCAGCUGCAGCCGAUACAGCAACCGCUGCAGACGCUGCAACAUCAGUACCAGCAGCAGUUGCAGCAACAGCAGCAACAGCAACAGCAACAGCAUCAACAGCAUCAACUACAACACCAUCAUCAGCCGCAACUCUCCCAAUCCUCUCACCACUCGUCCUCUUCGCACGGCGGCCCUACCCCUUCCAUCAUCAGCCAUACGCCGUCGCUCAGCAGCGCUAGCGGCAGCAUCGGACCAAAGUCGGCCGACCAGCCCGGAGCUGCCGCCGGUCUGCACCAUCAGCAGCCAUCGUCGCCGCCGACGCAAACGAUCGGCAUCCCGCUGUCACCGACGGAGACGGAGGCGACCUCCUCCGAGCACGAGUACUACAACGAUCUGCAGCGCGAGCUGAUACCGCUGCACCGUAACGAAACGACUGUCUGAGAACACGCCGCGCACACUGCUUGCCACAGAGAGGACUGAGAAAAGUAGACAGCAUUGUCUGUCUAGAUUGACGUACAUCGAAGCCGACGGGGAAUGAUAGCGUUAUCAAGUUGGAACUGUUUGCCUCUAGAAGGUGUUUAGAGUAAGCGUAUAUUAAGCAGAGUAGCAGUAGUAGUUCCCUUUGUGAAAAUGUGCCUUUUUCGGUAGUGGAAGUAGGAUUUGGCGUCAAAAUUCUUUUCCAUCUUAUCAGUGCAACUAUUGUAUCCAUGUAUGGCUCCCUUAGUGAUAGUGAAUAGGGUUUGAGGAGUGUACAGGACCCUGUAGAUAAGAGCUGGCGAGCUGGCACAUAUACCGCGUACAUAGCUAUUAGAAGGGUAAGAAGCUAGCGUAUAACACCCGGUACUUAAAACAAGAAAGUCACCAGAUACAAAAUCCACAAAUGAAGUGAUUAGAACAAUAUAACGUAGUAUAGUACAACGUUGAAAGCAAAAGUAUGGCUGCCUGGGUGAGGGAGAUACGAAAGCUUACAAAAACUCCCACAAGCCGUGUGCUGCCAUGUUUCUGUGUCGAGAGAAGAUCAUCUGAUCAGCGCCCUAGAACGAUUAGCCUCCCGACGAAGCCGAUGAUGAGUUUAUUUCAUUGGAAUACCUGUGAUACUACUUUUAAAUUUUGUACUUUUAAAACGAACAAACGUGUGUGUUUGUCAGUUUUGUUUUUAAACAGUAAGCGCUUUUUGGGAUGUUGUACACCGUGGCAAGGUGACAACUAUCGCCGGGGAGCGGGAGGCGAAUACUAACUGAAGAAUCGUCGAAGCAAUCGGGCGCGCUUGAUCGAGCAGUUAAACGACUGAGAUCGAACACAGAACCCACACAUAGUAACGAUGAUAAUUGCAAUGAAUAGAUUUCCUGUAAGUGUGUCCAGCUUUUUUUAAAAUGAAAACGAAGAAAGCUCUCAACAGCUGAUAACCACCCAGAACGAUUUUAGUGUGAACGUACGAUUACUAUAACAUUUAACAAUCACUUACCUUGGCACCAUGGCUGUCCCACCUGUAUACUUGCCUGCAUCUACCUUAUGCUACUUAAACAAAUCGCCCCACGAUCGUUCGUUCUAUUUUUAUGUGUACUUUAGACUGUUGUGUUUUUGCCUCGGGGCUCGCAUUCGUCGGCCUCGUCGCGUCCUUGUGUACUCCUCACAUUGUUGCCACUUGCUGUUCCAGCAAUAUUAGCUUAACAGAGCGUAACAGAGCAAUUCAACAAAACAAUAUUCGGCUACGUACUAUUAGCUAUUAGCACUAAGCAGUUGUGUUUUAAGCAGGUGAUGUGUCUAUGACUGUACAUACAGGCACGGUGCACUGUAAAGCCCAAAUCGAAUAACUGUACUUGUACUCUUACCUUGUGUAGGCUUGUAGGGAUUAAUAGAUGGAAGGUCACCAUGUAAAUAGGGUUUAGUCGGUAUAGAUUAGUAGAUAGGAGGAAAAGUUAAAAGAAGUUAAUGGGGAGAUAUCGUAUGCAUACAUAUAGGAACUGAGCUCAAUUUUAGACGAGCUUUAAGUGAGGGCUCGAAACGCCAGAUCGUCGUUUUAGUGUAUGUAAAGUGUAAAACAUAAAACCACGAAUGUCGAAUGCCAGGCACAUUGAAGCAGAUUUUAAGCACACAAACCAGAGAGAUGAUGCCAAUCCCAGGCUGCCUAUCUGGAGGUAUAUUGUUGCCCCUCACACACACACUCACGCACAAACUGUCCAGGGAAGCGUAAACAGAAAAGCAAUAGUAGAAGUACAACGAAUCGAAGCUCCACUUCCGGCAGAACGAUACAACAAUAGAGACGCGCAUACUUAUUACGAAAUCGUGCCAUUGUGAAGUCGUCUACGUCUGAAGUGUGCGUUUUUGCUGGAGAUGGUGUUAGUUGAUAGAAGAGCGUG